CGUCGACAAGAGCGGAAGUUGUGAGUGCUCGGCUCUGGAACUUGCGAACAUCGCGUUGUUUCUCGUCGUGUUAGUGCUGAGAGAUAACACCACAGGUGUUUUUUUACGAGAUAAUAUUUUUUUCAUAAAUUUGUAUAAUUUAUUCGAACCCUUCUGUGAGUUGACCAUUUCAAAUUUUAAGAGUGGUUCUCUAGAUGAAAUGAUUUUACACUAUAACAAAGAAAAUGUUCUCCGUUGUUGUUAAUGGAUUUUACUCGUCUGGUUUUCUCAAGUAAAAUCUAAGGUUGAUUUACGUACGAUAGAACUUCUCAUAUUUAGAUUUUCGUAAUGUUAUAGUGAACAAUGAAGUCUGCGCUCAUUUACAAGCAUGGACAACUAACACAUGUGGGGUGUUGUAGAAUAUUAAAUCCCCGGCAUGCUGCGAUAACAGCGGCAAUCUACACGAUAAAUAUAUCAAUACUUGUUGUUUUGCUGUAUAGUUGGAGAAUUAGUGUAAAUAUUAAAAAAUUUACUACUUUAGAAGAUGUAUAUUAUGGUGUCCAAAUUGCAUACCUGGCGAUAAUAGGCACCCAAAUGUUUAUGAUUGUACUUAGUAUAGCCUUAUUAUUUGGAAUAUACAGGGAGAAUAUUUCGCUAAUAAUCCCGUGGGUUGUUGGAUUUAUUACUUUUAUGGCUUUAGAAGCAGUUUCCAUGGUUUAUUCGAACGUCCUGAGGGAUCAUGUAAAUAAGGAAUUCGACGCCCUCUGUAAGGCCGAAGUCGCAUUUUUUAUCUCCAGGACACUGAUUAACGUAAUCGCUAUAGGUGGAGUCAUGCGAUUCUGCAACCUCCUGCGAGCGGGCAUUUCGUGGAAGGGUCCAGAGGUCAUUGAACUAUGAUCUAGAAAUGCCUUUGGAGAAGAAGAAGACGACGACGAGAUGUACGAUUAUGACAGUGAUUGUUCGCUGUUGGUUAGAGUUUCGUCUUCUGGUUCGGGUUUUAGCAGUAACUCUGAUUUUGUGUGACAAAUGACAUGUUCAAGAGGGUAAAUUUGGUAUUUUUUUAAUUGCUAUUAUACUCUGGAGUUAGUUGAUCAUUGUUGUUAAGAAAGUGUAAAAAAUGUUUGUAGUAACAAUUUAUUGUAAUUUUAACUUUAACUUCAGUUUCACAACGCUUGGUUAACACAGCGCAGGAAUGCAUAGAAUAUAUGUAUAAUAAAUAAAAAUCAAGAUGUGGUGGCCAAAGCUCAAAAGAAAGUUCAGAUGUAUAGACUAAAAAAUUAAAAGAUAAUAACACCACCCUCUAGAUUUUUUUGUCAACCAAAAGAAGGCUAUUGCCUGCAAGAUCCAGUCCAAGUGGUCAACCGUCAAUUUUGGAAGACGUAACCAACUACUUAACAACUUGUUGUUUAUACCUACAUCUUUCCGUAACUUUUUAAAAUAAUGUCUUUGAAAACGAUUUCUGGAGUGAAAAUCGAAACGUCAAACGUUAUUUAAAAUGUAUUUUUCAUAAUAAAUUACUUUUAAUGAGAAAUAAGCCACCAUUUUACCAAAAAAAUUAUUUUAUUAACGUUUCGAAACCCGAUUUAAGCCUCGAAACGUUAAUAAAAUCAUUUUUUUUUUUGGUAAAAUGGUGGUUUAUUUCCCAUUAAAAGUAAUUUAUUAUAAAAAUGCCACAAGAAAAUAGCUUCAGAACAACAUAUGUAAGUUUUAAUACAAUCAAUUAUGGCUUAAAAGGUGUUACAGUAGCGAUCAACAGGUAGCAAAAACGCGUUCCAAGAUUGCGGCUGUAAUUUUCAAUAUUUUUUCGAGAUAU